AUACUGCCUCUCAUAUACUGGAGUGGAUACCGAUUUUUACAAAAAAUAUAUUGUGGAUCCAUACACCUACUUAUUCUACAUUUCUCUUAAAAAAAUAAUUUCAAAACAUAUACAGAAAAACAUCUGUUAAAAUGUGAUAGACGUUAUGAGCUUCGUUAAAGUAAAAUCUUGCCGUAAUUGGUCUUCCAAGAAUGAUUUUUCAAUCUACGACUUUGCUGAUAUGAGAACAACAAAUAAAGUUGCACGAUUUCGCAAAUGUAAUAAAUUGUUGCUUGAUAGUACCAAUGAAAGCGCAGAUGACGGAGAUGAUGAUGCUAUUCAAGGAUCAUCUGUAAAAACCAGCGUAGAAGACGGAAUUCACGAAGCUGCAAAUAUUUCUUAUGUCGAUUACGUGAUCGAUAUAUGGUACCUAAUAUCAGAGCAAAUUCGACCUGAAGAUAUUUGGCGCUUUGCGCUAAUAUGUCGCAAAACAUAUGUAGUGGUUCAAUCUGCCAAAUUUUGGCAACAUAUCUAUAAAAAAUAUUAUGAUCCCUGCGUAGAUAUGCCACGACAUCUACAGCCAGAAUGUAUGAAAACGCUUAGAGGCCUACGGGCUUGUACAAUUCGAUCCCUUUUCUACACUUAUCCCCCGUUGGUACAACGAAUUGCUACUAUACCAUUUAGAAAUCCACAUCGCAUCACCGGUCGACAGGUGUUGUUCUCGUGGUACUGCAAAACUAAAACUGGUUGGAAUUACUGUUUCAAAUUGAAGGCGCGGUUAAUUCCGGGUAGUCGACUAGCCAAUUCGUUUGAAAUGCAACGACUGAAGCAAUCAAGGGACUAUUUAAGAGAUACCUACAUGAAUUCCGAGGAAGGCUGCCAGAUACUUAUUAUUGUAACGGAUGUGCUACAUACGUUGCCGCAGUACAACGAACAGUUAUAUGUGGGCUCUCUGAUACAAACACUGGACCAGGGUAUGCGUAACUACAAAGUCCGGUUGCAAAUGGUUAACUACUGUAGGCGAGUGGUGGAUGAGCUCGUAUUUGUCCCAGUACGACAACUGCGAAUACUAGAUUGGUGGGUCCCUGAGUACAGCCUGCAGGAUCCAACAAUUGAUAAACAGACUGUGGAGAAUUUAUUGAGUGAUUCUGGAAAUGAUUCAUGGGAUGAGCUAUGAGAAAUUGUGCACUAAUUCCUUUCCGAUUACCAAAUAUAUUUUUUGUCGUUGAAAUAUAAA